AUGAAUUUCGCAGUUUUCCUCUUGCUUGUAACACAGACAACAUGGACCUCGCCUUGUGUCUACAAGCGAGUAGAUGUAAUGUCGGGGAAGUUGAUAUACUAUUCGGAUGUGAUCCCCGAAGCCAAAUGCUUUGCUGAAUGUCUUAAUGUCAAAAACUGUGGCGGGGUUUGCUACGAAAGAAUGUCAUAUGAAACAGAAGGACAUGCCUUUUGUGGAAUUGUUGAACAGAUAUGUUAUCUCUACAAUCGUUCUCCAUCCAAAUGGGAAGCUGAGGAAGGCAAGGAGCGCUGCUACACUCUUGAUCGCAACCAGACAGAACCGCCGCAGUAUACAAGAAUUCUGACCUUUACCAAAAAGAAUGCAUCCUGGGUUCCAUAA